GCCACCCCGGCCGGUCGUCGGCGGCGGCGGAUACACAUAUUGUGCACGUCGUCGCGCGCGCACACACGCACACCGUUAGUCGUAUUCGUCGUGGUCGUCGCGGUCGUCAUCUCGUGUCGUCUCUAAGUCUCGUCUCGUAUAUAGUUAGUCGUCGUCGUCUCACAUCGCAUAAUCGUCGACACGGGAUCCGCACAACCCCUUCCACUCCCAAAUUAUCCUGCGCCCCCUCGCGACUCGCGUGCGUGUUAUGUGCCGGCAUGGUGUUAGGCGGCGAUUCCGUUGUCGGUGAACUCGGCGCGGCCGCCACCAAACUGGAUCCGUCCUGCAACAUCGGACUGUUCUCCGCGCUCAGGCCGGCCAUGGACCUGUCGACGGCCGCGUACCGGUACAACCAGAACAUGAUGGAAUACUACACGUGUCACGGCGGUGUAAAUCAACUGGGCGGAGUGUUCGUAAACGGCCGACCGUUACCGGACCUGGUCAGGCAAAGGAUAGUCGAACUGGCACACAACGGGACUCGACCGUGCGACAUAUCAAGACAGCUCAGAGUUUCUCACGGAUGCGUUUCGAAAAUCUUGUCCAGGUAUUACGAAACUGGUAGUUUCAAAGCCGGAGUUAUCGGAGGUAGCAAACCCAAAGUGGCUACAGCGCCUGUUGUAGAUUCCAUAGCGAACUACAAACGAGAAAAUCCUACUAUGUUUGCUUGGGAAAUCCGAGACAGACUGUUAGCAGAAGGCGUUUGUACUCAAGACAACGUACCCAGCGUUUCGUCGAUCAACCGGAUCGUCCGGAACAAGGCGGCCGAGAAGGCGAAACACGUGCAUAACCAACAGCAGAACCUGCACCACCAUCAGAACAGCAACAGCAACGGUAGCACGGGUGGUCCACCGAGUCAACAACAUCAUCAGCAGCAGCAACAACAGCAACAGCAGCAGCAACAGCAACAGCAACAACAAGGAUCCGGUCCCGUGUCGGUGAUAGCCCACGCACCGGCCCCGCAACAGUCGGCCGGAGGUGGCGGUCACCUCCACGACCGGUACAGCAUAAACGGUAUACUCGGUAUACCGCAACACGAUCCCAACGGUAACGUGACCACGGCCAAACGGAAACGCGAUCUGGACCAUCACCACCAUCACCAACAACAUCAAAAUCACCAUCACACGGACGAAAACCGAGACCUGAACGGGCACGCAGACCACCAGCAGCAAAUCAAGAGGGAACGAUCUCAAGUGCACUACAACGGCGACGCGUCGCUGUACUCAAAUGUAUCUCUUUGGCCCGGCAAGUGGUGUUUGAAAGACGAACACAAACUGUUCUCAGAGCUGAACGCGGCGGGCGUGACGUCCGGCGGGGGCACGUCGCCGUUCUACGACGCCAACCAGACGGCGUUCUCGGCGACACCGCUGUCGGCUGACCUGUACGAGACCAUGCAAGCCCAACCGCCGCAGCAACAGGCCCAGAACGCGACGCCCGUCUACACGCCGCCCGUGCCCACAACGCUCGUAGGCGGAGUCACUCCCCUUGCCCCGUUGACGAUGCAAGAGAUCCAAAAGAUGAGUCCCAGUACCGUUUUAGAUCAUACCCAUUUGUCUCCCGUACAAUACCACACAGAUAGCGGUACCGCCCCAGGUGGGUUUAGUAACGGCGGCAGCGGCGGCGGUGCCGGACCUCAGCAGUCCGGCGGCGUCUCCCUGUCGUUGUCAGCGGCGGACGUCACGCCCGCCGGAUCGCCCGACCCGUCGAGCCUGACCGUGUUGCAACCGGCCAACAACAACCAGAACAACGGUACGGUGUACGCGGCUUCGGCGCCCACCAUGUUACCGGGUUUCACCACGCACUACGCCACUGCAGGCGCCGGCACCGAAUACGCGUCGUACACGAGCUCGCCCUACAACCAGUACGCGUCGUCCCCGUACGCCGGUUACAGUUACAACCCCACCGGCACCAGCGGUCUUCUCAAUCACCGUUACUAUUACAACAACAGCAACGGCCACAAUAACAACGCGCACGAGAUCUGCGGCAACGAGACGGGCAGCAGCGCCAGCAUGGCAGCCAGAUCGCCGGUGGCGGCCACGAGGGCCAACUCGGCGGCCUGCGCCAGCGCCUCGUCGCCGCUGGGCAGCGCGUCAUCGCCGUGCCAAGCCAACAACCCGGGCGCGGUGACGUCGCCGUACAUCGGCAUAAGUUAAGAGGAGGACCACACGGAGAGAUAACGCGGUCCAGCCAUCAUCAAAAAUACAAUAUAUAUAUAUAUUAAUAAUAAAUAUUAUAACACAUAACGAUAAACAUUGUCGUUAUAAAUAUUAUGUUAUAUAACUCAUUUAUGUAAAAAAAAUAAUAAUAUUACGUAGGCGAUGUACAAAAACGAUUUGUACGUUGAUUAAAAAGCGCACGCAGCAAGUGUAGGUACUGUGCGUGUGUUUGACACGACCAUGAUACUAGAACGAUGUUAUGAUAUUAUGGAGUGUUAAAUGAAAAUUGGUUCUUAUUUUGUUUUUAUUUUUUUUGAAACGCGGGUGAUCGUAUAGAGACGGAUUUCAUAUGAAAAUUAUCAAAAUUACCGAUUAACGAGUACCGAUCAUUUUUUUUUAUUUUUUAUUUUUUUUUGUUUUUAUUUAUAUACGUUAUGUAUAGGCAUUAUAUUAUGUGUAAAGCGAAUAACUAUUAAGUCAUAACUCAGAAAGCUAUAUUAUAAUAGAUAUAUAGUGUUUUAUAAUAUAAUCGAUGAAAUAUUGAGUCCGAUAGUGCAUGAAUAGCUGGUAUACAUAUAGACACGACGUUAGAAUACAAACACGAUACUACAGUAUUGUAAUUAUUCAUUUGUUUACCGACUCUAAAUAAUAUAUUUUCCUCUUAUUUGCUUUUUUUUUUUUUAUAUGUAUAGAAAACCAAAGAUAUAUUUAUAGUGUUGUUAUUUAUAUUCAGAAUCCAAAUCGUAUGUAUAUUUCUAUAUAUAAAAUAUUAUACAUAAUAUUAUAUUAACCGAUCAAAUGUCAGUUUGUUUAUCGUGAGUUUUAAUGUUAUGAUAUGUUAUAUACUUGAUGUACAUAAUAUAAUAUUAUAAAUGUAACUAUAUUUAAUAUAUAAUUAUCACCCUCUAUCUGAACAUUUUUUGUGACUAGCCAAUAUAUUGUAUUGGAUUUAUGUACUUUUAAUUAGAUACGUUUAAAUUUGUAUAUCAAUGCGGUUCUCUCUUGUUUACUUAAUUAAUUGUAAAAGACUACCUAUAUAUUGUGUACCUCCACUACUUUUAUUUUUAUUUUUAUUUGAACAAGGAAAACGAAAAAAGCUCAUAAUUAACGCUCUCUCGAAACAAUUGAUCUUUUUUUAAUGUUGUUUUUAAUCAAAUUCUAGUCUAAUUUUAAUUUUAUUCGUGUAUAAUUAUUAAAAAAAAAAAUAUAAUAACCAAAAAAAAAAUAGGUUAUCAUAUUUUGUUCAUGUGCAAAUUAUUAUCUGUAAAAUCCAAAACAAAAUUUACUCGUCUUUAGGACGAAAUAUGUGCAAUGUCUGUAUGAAUUUGUAUUUAUAUAUUAUUAUUAUUAUUAUUAUUUUAUUAUUAUUUUUAUGUAUAGGUACAUAUAAAAAUUAAUAUUAUGUAUCCUAUUUGAGUACUUUUUUAAACAUAAAUCGAACACACCCUAGUCAAUAAGUGAUGCUUCAACGCACUAAUCAAUGCACUUAAGUGAUUUUGUACUUACAUUUUUCAAUUUUUAAAUCUUUAGACGUUUUCUAUUUAUUAAAAAUGUUUAUAAAAUAUGUAAAACAUUAUCUUUAUUAUACAUUUAUUUGUUAUUUUUGUAUUAUUUUUUCUUAUUUCGAUUUAAUUGUAUUGUAAUAAUUCUCAUACUAAUAUGUAGGCGUUUCAUGACUUCAAACAAAUUGUAUUAAGUAAUUUAUUUAUUUUAUGUUAGAAACUUGACCAGUUAUUAUAUUAUGUACUUACUUACCAAAGAAAACCUUUAGAAGAUCUUGAAACUCGUUUUAAUAAAAAUAUGAUAUAUUAUUAUGAUAAAACUAUAGUGUUGAUAAAACUGUAUAUUAUGCAUAAUUAAGAUGUUUGUGGUCCCUUAUGUAUGCUGUAUGACCAAAAUUGUACUUAAUAAUAAUGAAUAUAAAUUGUAAAAACAAAUUAUUAUACUUAUAAGAUAAUAAAAGAAGUCUGUUCAUGAA